GCCUGGCGGUCUCGAGUCCAUGCUGCUGCUGCUGCUGCCGCUGCCUGGCGGUCCCGAGUCCAUGCUGCCGCCGCUGUCCUGCGGCCCCGAGUCCACGUCCCCGCUGUCCUGCGGCCCCGAGUCCAUGUUGCCGCUGUCCUGCGGUCCAGAGUUCACCCUGCUGCUUCCACUGUCUGGCGGUCCCAAGUCUGCACUGCAGGAAGUUAUGAUCGCUCUGCAGUGUGGUGCCACCCGCACUGCCGCCAUCCGGGGAGGUUCCGCCAUGGCCGCCAGCACUCUGGCCGUCCGCCAGAGCACCGCCUCGUCCAUGGUUCCCUGCGCCCUGGCCGCCCGCCCGAGCACCGCGCCGUGCCUGGUUCCAGGCGCGCCGUGCCUGGUUCCCGGCGCCCCGGCCGUCCGCCCGAGCGCCGCCCCGUGCCUUGUUCCCGGCGCCCCGGCCGUCCGCCCGAGCGCCGCCCCGUGCCUGGUUCCCGGCGCCCCGGCCGUCCGCCCGAGCGCCGCCCCGUGCCUGGUUCCCGGCGCCCCGGCCGUCCGCCCGAGGACCGCCCCGUGCCUGGUUCCCGGCGCCGCGGCCGUCCGCCCGAGCGCCGCCCCGUGCCUGGUUCUUGGCGCCCUGGCCGUCCGCCAGAGCAUUACCCCGCCCUUGGUUCCCUGCGCCCCAGUCGUCCGCCCAAGUGCCGUCCCGUCAUUGGUUUCCAGCGCCCUGGCCGGCCGCCCAAGCACCGCCCCGCCCUUGGUCACCUGCCCUCCAGCCUUCCACCUGACUCUGGCUCUGAGCCCUGUGCUUUGGCCUCCUCCUCCCCCCGUCUUUUGACGGCCAUCCAUCCUCGUGCCCCUGAGACUGUUUUUGGGACGUCAGGAGCCGUCCCUUGAGGGGGGGGUUCUGUCAUGGUUUUGGGUUGCUUGUGUUUUGUUUGGUUCUGUUUCAUUUGUGCUUCUGUCAUGGUUUUGUGUUU